CGUUGGGUCGUGAAAACCACGAUCACCUUGAAUAAAUAUCAAAAUCGUGUUUUAUGGUCAUUUUUUAUUGAUUUUAAGUGUCAAUAGUAUUGUCAAUAAUAGCUCAUAGAGACUAGAGCUAAAAUUCCACUAACAAUUGAAAUGGAGUUUCCGAUGAAAGUCUUCAUUUUGCUGAUUGCAGGAUAUUCAUCUGUCACUGAAAUCAUCGCUUUCAAUUUUUCAAAACAGGAUCAGAGGACUAAAACAGCUCCGUUCUCCGACACGGAACUCACAUCAGUAGCAACGCUGGCAGUACCGACGGUGUCAUUAUACGAAAAUAAUGUCACAACUGAAAGGAACCCACCUGGAGGUGUCAACGUCAAUCCGUCUAUGCUCAACACAACAGUUUUAAAUGUUACAAAAAUAAUGAAUGAGACUGAUGCAGUUGAUAUCAAUGUUCAAACAACACAGGAAGAAUUCGCUGUGGCUAUUGAGAUCACAUCUCCUAUUGUACAUAAUCUUGUUACAUCAUGGACAGAAAACAAUAGGAACGUAACAGAAACAGCUGACCUUUACACUACAAGAGGUGUCGAUACGCGCACGUCUACUAUGAAUAAACCGAUUAUGUCAACAGACACUGUUGACGUCAACAAGGUCCAGUUGUCCCCGUGUCUUCUAAGACAUAUGCGAACGAAGACAUUAUUUUGCUGUCCACCAUAUAAUAAAGAUUUGAACUUGGACAGUUUACGUCCAAAGGGAUUAACUAUGGCCAGUAUGGCUAUUGAGUUUUGGUUGAGUAUCGUACUAUGUGCUGGUGGACUGAUUGGAAAUAUUUUGGCGUUCAUAAUAUUAUCAAAAGAUAACACAAAUACAAGUAUUUUCAUCCUGAAAUCUCUAGCGUUGGUAGACGGGACUUAUUGUCUGUGGUAUCUGAUGUUUGAUCCGUUUUUGACGGCCUACCAGAACACAACAUGGGUCCAACAUCGAGACACAAAGAUUGUCCACUGGAUUGCCUUGAAUAAGCAGUAUCUUGGAUUCGUGAACAAAACUCUGCAGUUGCUAUCCUCUUGGCUGGUUGUUUUACUUACACUAGACCGUUAUAUUGUUGUUUGCAAGCCAUUCAAAGCGAGUAGUCUCUGUACUCUCACCAAAGCAAGGGUUGAGGUGGUAUGUAUUAGCAUUUGUUGCAUCUGCUACAACAUACCUACGUGCUUUCACCAGGAGUCGUACAUGUCUGUCAAUCCUUGCACCGGUGCUCCUGUAGGGAUGCGAAAACUCACACCAUUUGGAAACUCGUACGGUUAUGGGAUUGUUUACGGGAUGAUCUGCGAGGGUCUUAUUAAAUAUAUCAUCCCGGUGGUGUCUGUGCUGGCGAUGAACGGUUUAUUGGUGUCAGCCUUGAGGAAGGCGGCUAGAAGACGCAAAGCAUUGGUUACAUCAACGGAGAAGGACAGUCAGAAAGGAAGGGACAACCUAACACUCAUGUUGACCGUCGUCGCCUUCAUGUUCCUCCUGUUGAUCCUACCUGCAAUGGGCGUUAAAAUUGUCCAAAUUCUGUACUAUUUUCAUCGUUCAGAGAAGAUCGUACUAAACGUUGAUAUACUGAAGUUCUCGUAUGGGCUAGCGUAUUGUGUUUUGAUCAUUUCUGACCUCUUCUUGCGCAUCAAUUCUAGCAUUAACUUUAUCAUUUACACGCUUGUGAGCGCCAGGUUUAGACGAGGACUGUACGAACUUGUCUGUUGUAAAAAGAUGGCUGAUCGCAUCCAAGACAGCGCUAUAACAAAUGAAAAUGCAGUUUCUAACAACAGGAGCACGGCCAAGACACAAGUGUAAUUUGGGUCAGUUAACACUCAACACACGAUCACAACAAAUCUGUUCUUACUAUGCUUUUGAAACAUGUUGCCGAACGGGCUAACGGAACGGAACGGGUUGCGGAACGUAGUCUCGGGAUUGUAGUACGUUCAGCUCGUCUGUUUGUACACAGUUUAAGUCCGUUUUCGAGAACGUAUUGAGAACUAGUUUGGUGUGAUAUUAGGGUUAUGUAAAGAGGUUUGACAGAAAACCUAACUUACUACUCAAAGGGUAUCAACAAACCAGAAGUUUCAUUGCACUACUCAUUGCAGCGCAAGUGGCUUUUGGAAUCCAAUUCCAUGAGAGGGAGGUACCAACAAAAAGGACGAUAUGGAAAAUAUGCAAAAGUAUGAGGAACAUGGAACGAGUUUCAACUUGAACAUUAGCAAUAUUUUGAACACAAAGAAACAUUUACUACAUGUUAUUUCCACUUGAAUGGUUUGAGAAAUAGUUUGGUACAUGGUGUGACUUGGUAGUAAGAAAAAAGACGAUAUGUUGUCUUAUAUGUAACGGUUGUUUCUAACUUAAAUGUAGUAAAUGUACUAUAUCUAGUAUAUAUUAGAUAAUGUACAAGUAUAUACCAGCCUCUUGGCUUGUCAACUGAGAAGGUAGUAUCCUACCCAGGCCCGUAGCCAGGGGGGGCUCUGGGGGCUCGUAUGAGCCCCCCCCCCCCCCGUCUGAUAUCUCCUAAAAAAUGUGGACCUACCUUUUUGCUUCCUUGAAGAAAAACUUGCUCUUCCCCACGUUCACUGGGCAAUUAAGAUUAAAAAACUGGCAUUACUGUGCAUUUUUUUUUAAAUUUGUGCAUUAUUUUCAAAAUUUGGCCCAAUUUUUUUGCGGACAUAUUUGUGCCCCUUUCC